AUGUCUGCUAUUCCUGCUCCAACCGUUCUCCUCUGCAAGGAGGAGUGGCCCGACGCCGAUUUCGAACUCCCUGAUGGGGAGCCUAUCCAUGCCUCUGAUGCCGAGGACGACAAAGCAGACGGUGUAGAGGACUGGGACGUUGAAAUGGACCUUGCCCCCUCGACCCGUGUAAAAGCCCAACUUGUCCUUGACGGCCUCGCUGCCAGGUCCCAUUCCUCAUCUCGGCCACACCAGAUGUUCACCAUUCGUCCCCCUCUUCCUAAUUCUCCCACCCAGGAUGACGAUGACGAUGACGAGGGUGUCUCCACCAUCAAGGUGGCCGCCCUUCCCCGAGUGCCUCCCAAGGCCUCACCCCAGCCUCCAAUUGACGAAGACUUUGAAGAUGCCUUUGCCCUUCCUGCAGACCUCACUCAACUGUCUCUGCGGCCAUUGUCCCUCAUCCACCGCUCUUCCAAGGGCUCCCUGGAAUGGGGCGACAAGGACCAGACCUCCUCUUCUCAGUCUUCCGACGCAUACUCUACCCUCGGUUUUGCCGAUACUUAUCCUUCAUCCAACAACACAUCGCAGCCCGAAACAGAGACUGACGAGGACGACGAGGAAGCAAGCGAGCUCGAUGGUCUUGUCAUUCCCACCGGCCUCUUCGAGUCGGGUUCGAGUAGCAAGAAGCUCACCAAGAUCCUCGAGAAGAAGAAGAAGACCGCACUCACCGGUGACCGUCUCAAGUUCGCUAGCCCCGACCCCGAGGACGACUUCGAGAUGGGUCUGGUUAUUGACAACGACGUCGAGCUCAGCCCGAGCAGACUGCUGCAAAAUGCUCAGACGACGAAGCGAUUUGCGGUGCCCACUAUCCGUAGCAAGAGCAUGCCGGCCCGACCACUAGUAACAACACGGCCACCAUCACGCCUCCUGAAGGGUGACCGUGCACGAUCCCCAAACAAUCCACCUAUAUCAUCCGCUCAACAGCUUCGCAAGCUUGCGGAGCCGUUGCCUUCCACGCGCCUCGGCCAACCCGUCCGCUCGCAAACGUACAGCCAGGCGUUGACAUCUUCGCCACCACCCACCUUCCUUGCACCCAAGCCGGGCAGUCUGCGCGUGCAGAAGUCGCAUACCGGGCUCAAGCCAUCCUCCUCACCGUCUACACGCCGCCUCGGACGCAAGGCGUCUCUCCCGUCGCUGUCGGAAUCCAGUCAGACCCAGGCGUCAGGCUCUGGGUCGGGUUCGGGCACGGGCCAGGCGAGUGCUACGGUGGGGCGGUACGAUGCGCCCACCGCAUCGUCGCGUGCGAAAUCGCACACGAGUUCGACGAGCCGGAUGCACGCGCUCGAGUACAACGUGCCGCCCACUAGGCCGUCAACCCCAUCGGCGAACCCUGCUGCCCUGCGGCUCACGAUGCCCACGUCCUCGUCGCGCCUCAAAUCGCGCACGCCCAUAUCGUCUGUGUUUCCUAGCCCUACUGUUGCAGCGGUGGCCCCCCCAGUAGUACGAUCCAUCUCACCGCUACCACCAUCACGCCCGCCGUCCGCCACAUCCACGAAGUCGCGCCACGGCUAUGGUCAUGCGCAGACACAGUCCAUGCCCGUCCCCCCCGUGAAAGUCCUGCGGAAACCGAAGCGGCAGCGAACGUACGGUGAUGGCACUGAGCUGGACGCGUUCGAGGACCUCCCACUCGACCGGGAGAAGGAAGGGCGGUUCAGGAUGCAGCCUAGGGGCACUCGCAUCCCGGGCGCGUCGUAUCCCAAGUCUGUUACUGCUGAGGGAAGCGCUGGUGCAGGGAAGGGCACGCUGCGGAGGAAGACGAAGCGCGAACUGUCGGAGGGUAGCUAUGAAAUGUCGAAAGCCGCUGCUCCUCCAGCAAAAACGCUCAAGCGCACAGGGCGGAUUGAAUUCCCAAGUAAAACAUCCGAUUCCAUGGCUGUCGAUCCGCCCCUCAGGUCGACCGAGGCAGAGCUUGGUUUGAGGAAGAAGAAGUCGCCCUACUCGCCAUCACAAACACGGCGAAAACCUACCCUGAUUCGCAAUCUCGGCGGUGCCGGUGCGCCCAAAGUCGUCGGAGAGAUGAAAUGGAAUCCAAACACACUCCGCUGGGAAGGCAACGACCAAGCUCUCCGCGACUUCGACGCCGCCGUCGGCAGCUCAACGCGCCCCGCGCUCAUCACGCACCUCACGGGCUCGUCUAUCGGGUCCCCCGUUGGCUCGUUCGCAGCGGGCGCCCGCGUCGUCGGCAACAUGAUCUUUGAUCCCGCACGUAUGUGCUGGAUCUCGACGCUCUCGCCGGACGAGGACGAACCGGACGUCUUCGCCGACCUCGCGGACGAUGAAGACGAUGACGACUGGGAGGGGAAGGGCGGCACGAUCCGCGCGAACCAGCCGCUACCGGGCGCCGUCCGUUCUCCUGCGAAGCAAGUGUCCGCGACGGAGCCGCCGAGCCCCGCGCGGAGCCGCUCGCGCGCGCACUCCGAGAGCGAGAGCGACCGAUGUUCGCGCGCGUCGAUGGUGUGCGACAUAGACGAUGCGUUCGCCGAUAAGUGCCGCGAAGCGGAGGAGCGACACCGCGCGGAGCUCAAGGGCUGGCUGACGCCGCUGUCGACACCCUCAACACCAUCGUCGCUCAUCGCGCAAACGGACCGCUCGCAUCUGUACGAUAUACGUGCGCUCGCGACGCGCCAGUAUUGA